AUGUUAGCGUCUAUUCCGCAAAUGGAGACGCUUCACUCUUUGCCUCGGAACCAGGAUGUUCCAAUGCGACAACCGUCGGCGGAGGACUUGGAUGCUGCUCAACAGUUGAUCUCCUCAGCGCAGGCCGGUCGUGAACAUAUGGCAGACCACUACAGAGAAGAUUCGAUGGCUCAGGAGUCCGGUCCGCCUGGAUCAGAUCGAUGGGGACACAAUGAUAUUCCCAUCGAGAAAACAUCACCAAGCGGGCAAAAAGGCGUCAUUUUCGUUGGACAUUCGUGCAGCAAUUGCGGUACAAAAAGCACCCCACUUUGGCGUCGGUCGCCGACAGGAGCAAUGAUCUGUAAUGCCUGUGGUCUAUAUCUCAAGGCUCGCAACGUCGCCCGACCUACGAAACGAAAUCGCAUACAGCCCGAGGGCGAAAAGCCGGCCCCUCCCACCCAUACUCAUGCCGACGGCUCGGCACACUCUGAAGGCGGAUGCAAGGGUUCCUGUCCUGGAGGUGGAAGCUGUAAUGGUACCGGUGGUGCAGAGGGAUGCGACGGGUGUCCCGCAUACAACAAUCGCAUCUACAAGUCCGCACCCCGAGGAACUACCGCAAUCCAAUCCUCGUGGGGACGUGCUCCAGCAAAUGAGCCCGAACCUGUACCGAAAGAAGAGCCACCAGUAAAGGCUCCUGCUCCCACCGACGGAAAUAAUACCUUGGUUGCUUGCCAAAAUUGUGGGACGACUGUGACUCCUCUUUGGCGACGUGACGAACAAGGUCAUCCCAUUUGCAACGCCUGCGGAUUGUACUAUAAGCUCCACGGAUGCUACCGACCUACGAAUAUGAAAAAGUCUAUAAUCAAACGUCGCAAACGUGUUGUUCCCGCCCUUCGAGACCAGUCUCCUACCGCUGCUACUCAGUCAUCAAAUGGCUCGUCUGCAUCUCCAGAAGCCUCACCCGCUGCGUUGGCCCAUGGCCACGAUGAUCAUUACCGAUACAUGAGCAGCGAGCCCAUGGAUCACUACCACAUGAUGCCUAGCAAAAUUGAAGAUGCACCGCGGCCUAUGCCAUUCGCGCCGCCACCGGUCGAUUUCACCGGCUACAAUGUCUCCUCCGUUCCUCUUCAUGGCGGUCAUCUCACUCAUGGUCUACCCAUGCCAUUGGGAGUAGAACGCUUGGGUCAUUCCCCCGUGUCAUACGGUCGACGAUCGGCAUCCCCAAAUUCCCUCACUCUUCCCAAAAAGCGCACCUUGGCAGAGACCGCUGCAGAAGCCCUGCCAGGUCCGAACACUCUGGAGGCAGGAUCCAACCAGUUGCCUCCGAUCAUGUCCUCGGCCAACCCAACCCCACCCGGCCGACUCAGCUCUAUCUCAUCCAUCCUGAACCAACCCAACCCUCGCAGCGAAGCCCGUUCCGAUCCCAACCUGAACAGAUCUCAACCUCUCCACCACUCUGUAUCCCCCUCACCCCAUACUCCACAGCCCUUACCUGGCAUUGCGUCUCUCGGUGACUCGGUCGAUCGCCGUGCCAGACUAGAACGCGAAGCCGAGAACAUGCGCGAGGCACUCCGAGCCAAGGAGCGUGAGUUGGCCGCAAUGAGGCGGUAA